CGCCUCCAGCCGGAGCGCUGCUCCGCCCUCCCGGAGAACUCGCAGGGGCGCUCCACCGGCCUGGGCGCCAAGGCGGAGACUCCUCCCCGGAGCCGUCCUCGUCGGUCCUUUUCCGCGCCUUCCUCUUCUGGCUCGUCCCGCCUCUGACCAUCCUCAGAAACAGGGCAGAAGAACCAAUAUCCCCCCCCCUCCCCGCAGAAACAAAACCUCCCUCCCAAUCCUCCUCCUCGGGGAGCGCCGUUCUCUCCGCUUGGCGCCGACCCAGCCGGCCGCAAAGGCGCAGGCGAGGCGGUUGGGCCACGCAGCAGCAGCGCCGCCGCCGCCGCCGCCGCCAGCCCUUUGGAGCCGGGGCGAGAGAGAGAGAGGGAGGGAGGGAAGGAAGGAAGGAAAGGAGGAGGAGGAGGAGGAGAAGGGAGGGAGCCAAGCAGCGCGGGAGGGCGGGCGGAAGGAGGGAGCGCGCCGGCCAUGGCAGCGCUGGCAGCAGGAAGAGCCGGCAGGAGGCGAGGUUGGCGCCGACAGCCGUCGUUGCGCGCCUGAUUGGCCGCGGAGCCGCCGCAGCCGCUCCGCCCGAGCAGCUGGUAGGGACGCGGAGAGGGGCGAGCGGGGCCCGCCGAGGAGGAGGAUGCAGGGCAAGAAGCCCCGCGGCUCCUCGGACGGCGGCGGCGGCGGCGGCGGCGGGGAACUGCAAGGGGACGAGGCGCAGGGCGCCAAGAAGCGGAAAAAGAAGGGCUCGUGCGGCGUCUCCAACAUCCAGAUCUUCCUGGUGUCCGAGUGCGCCCUCAUGUUGGCGCAGGGCACGGUGGGCGCCUACCUGGUGAGUGUCCUGACCACCUUGGAACGAAGGUUCAACCUCCAGAGUGCUGAUGUGGGCGUGAUCGCCAGCAGCUUUGAGAUUGGGAACUUGGCACUUAUCCUUUUUGUGAGCUACUUUGGUGCCCGGGGACACAGGCCGCGUUUGAUAGGAUGCGGAGGGAUUGUUAUGGCUCUGGGCGCUCUCCUCUCAGCACUGCCUGAAUUCCUGACCCACCAGUACAAAUAUGAAUCUGGGGAGAUUCGAUGGGGCGCUGAAGGGCGGGAUGUAUGUGUGGCGAAUGGAUCCGCUAGGGACGAGGGACCAGAUCCGGAUCUUAUCUGCAGGAACAGAACUACCACUAACAUGAUGUAUUUGCUUCUCAUUGGCGCUCAAGUCCUCCUAGGGAUUGGGGCGACCCCUGUACAGCCUUUAGGAGUUUCCUACAUCGAUGACCACGUGAGGAGGAAAGACUCUUCCCUGUAUAUAGGCAUCUUGUUUACAAUGCUGGUAUUUGGACCGGCCUGUGGAUUUAUCUUGGGUUCUUUCUGUACCAAAAUCUAUGUGGAUGCCAUCUUCAUUGACACAAGUAAGCUGGACAUCACCCCCGAUGACCCAAGGUGGAUUGGCGCAUGGUGGGCAGGCUUCUUGCUCUGUGGUGCCUUACUGUUCUUCUCGUCUCUCCUGAUGUUCGGAUUCCCACAGUCCCUGACCCACCGGCCGGAGCUCACGGCAGAGCUCGAGCAGGCCAUGCUCCCAGAAAGGGACUACGAGAGGCUGAAGCCGAGCAACGGGGUCCUCCUGCAGAACGACGCGGAAGCCCAAGACAGCAUCUCAUGCUUCCAGCAGCUGAGAGUGAUCCCUAAAGUCACCAAGCACUUGCUCUCCAAUCCGGUCUUCACCUGCAUUGUCUUGGCUGCCUGCAUGGAGAUUGCCGUGGUGGCUGGCUUUGCAGCUUUCCUGGGGAAAUACCUGGAGCAGCAGUUCAAUCUCACAACAUCAUCCGCCAACCAGUUGUUGGGCAUGACAGCUAUUCCCUGUGCAUGUCUGGGCAUCUUUCUGGGGGGCCUCUUAGUCAAGAAGCUGAGCCUGUCUGCUCUAGGAGCAAUCAGAAUGGCCAUGAUGGUCAACCUGGUGUCCACAGCUUGCUACGUCUCUUUUCUCUUCCUGGGCUGUGACACGGGGCCUGUGGCUGGAGUUACUGUUCCCUAUGGAAACAAAUCAGGAUCAUCCUCCAGUCUAGCCCCCUACUCUGCCUGCAAUAACAACUGUAAAUGCCAAACUGAUUCCUUCACUCCGGUCUGUGGGGCAGACGGGAUCACGUACUUAUCUGCCUGCUUUGCUGGAUGCACUGCUACGAAUCUCACUGGCUGCACAUGCCUCACUUUGGUCCCAGCUGAGAAUGCCACGGUCGUUCCUGGGAAGUGCCCCAGCCCAGGAUGCCAAGAAGCCUUCCUGACAUUCCUCUGUGUGAUGUGUGUCUGCAGCAUGAUUGGAGCCAUGGCUCAAACGCCCUCCGUCAUCAUCCUCAUCAGAACGGUGAGCCCAGAGCUGAAGUCUUAUGCUUUGGGAGUUCUCUUUCUCCUCCUCCGAUUGUUAGGUUUUAUCCCACCUCCCCUGAUCUUUGGAGCGGGAAUUGAUUCCACGUGCCUGUUCUGGAGCACAUUCUGUGGCGAGCAAGGAGCGUGCGCUCUGUACGACAAUGUUGUCUACAGGUACCUGUAUGUGAGCAUCGCGAUAACCCUGAAAUCAUUGGCGUUCAUCUUGUAUACGACCACCUGGCAGUGCUUAAGGAAGAACUACAAGAAGUACAUCAAGAACCAUGAAGGCGGGCUGAGCACUAGUGAGUUCUUUGCCUCCACGUUGACCUUGGACAACCUGGGCCGAGACCCCAUUGGCCAGGACCCUUCACAUAGGACAAAAUUUAUCUACAACCUAGAAGACCACGAGUGGUGCGAAAACAUGGAGUCUGUUUUAUAGCGACAAUAAGGGUGGAUUGCUAGCCCUACGUUCCUUUUUAAAGUUAAAAAAGAUAGAUAAGAUAUAUGAAAAAUGUAAUAUAAUAUACAAGGAUGUUUUGCUAAAUGGUGGCCACCACUAUAUCUCAAAGUCUACUGUGAUUUUCAAAAACACUCUCGUACAUAGUUAGGGAGACAGUGUUUGUAGUAGAACGGGCGAGGUGGGGACCUUUGUCCUUUUGUCAGAAGCAGAGCUAGACAAGAGCCAGGAGAAGCAGGGAUGUUCUCAAGAGCCAGGAGAAGCAGGAAUAUUCUUAAAACCUGCAUCAGAAGUUGUACAUUGGUGUAUCAGACGCGUCAGCUAGUGCUAACGUUAUGGACAGGCAAAGGUCCCAGUGUUUGGGGUCCAGCAUUUCAGUGGAGAGCUGUCUGUCCUUAGGCAGAGAGGCAAAGAAAGGGCAGAAAGUCCAGAGAGAAAGAAAGAUCAGAGAGGGCCUGUUUCCAGAAUAAGAACCAUUUCAGUCUGGGGUACCGCUGGGGUAGCCUUUGCAAUAAAAGCCAAAAGGAUGUAAACUUGGAUGCUGGUUCCUUCCAGCAUUCUCCUCUCUCUCUCUCCCUCUCUCUUUGUGAUCAAAGUGGGAGCCAUGUUGAAGUUCCUCAGAUGAUCCAACUUCAUCAUCCCCAGCCCCAAUUCCAGAAGACAUACAGUAUCUAGACAACUGUCGAAAUGCCCCUGACCAGCACAUAUCCUGUCGUCACUCAAAGCACACCAGCAUCAUUGAGUUGGCGUCCCUGAUUCCAUUUGGGCAUGGGUAGAGUAGCACCUGUGCCAGAAUAGGACGGGAGGGAGCCAUUGGAUGAUCCAUGCCAAGCAUUCCAUCAUCUUUCUUUCCCCAACCUGAGGCCCUGCAGAUGUUUUGGACUACAUCUCCCAUCAGCCCCACCCAGCAUUGGCUGGAGCUUUUGGGAGUCGUAGUUCAAUACAUCUGGAGGACCCCGGUUGGGGAGCUGCUGUAACCGUUUUAAAAAGUGCAUAGGGAUGGCAAUGAAGUGUGAAGACAGAUGUCACAGAUCUAAAAUGGCUGAAGUGGCACGGUCAUGCCAUCGUUGCCCUGCCUGUACAUCUCUGUACAUUUUUCUACCUUGAUUGUAAGCGCUGGGGGGAAAUGACAGGUUUUCAGCACUAUUUAGUUUGAGUCAGGGAAAACAUUGGUCAAGGAAAAGGGUGGGGGCAGCACCUAUUCUCAUAGCAAGUUUUUAUCCAUUUCUGUGUUCGGGAUUCUUGUUUUCUCUUGGGGGUAUGGUGAAAAAUGGGGGGGAAAAUGAAGUUCCGUGCUAGGUUUAAAAAAAAAAACAUACUCAGGGGCAGAUAUCCCACUUUAGAAUGGGAAGCAUCUUGUUCAUCCAAUUAGGGCCAGGGCAAAAUGCCCUUAAUUUGCUGCACUCUUCAUGUGUGAUAAAAUGGCAAUUUUAAGAGUUGGGGUGGGCAAUGAAAUCAAAAUGUUUCAGGGACACUUAUCUUUUGCUACAUGCAUCCCACCUGUCUCUUAAACCUUUAAAAAUUUCUCUCCCUCUUCAGCAACGAGAGAGAGAGAGGCAGAUGUAUGCCAGCUGCCAUGAUUUUCUCCCAGAAUGUCUCCUGUGGCAUUGGGAAAUAAUGGCCACCAGCCCACCAUCACCCCAGGGAGCUUCAGCCUACCCCCGUGGGUGACAUUGUUGUGAAAUAUCUGAAAGGUAAACUACCCCUUUUCCAACUGCAGUAGCCUUCCACAACCUGGUGACCUUCAGGUGUUUUGGACUACAACUCCCAUCUGUGCUGGCUGGAGCUGAUGGGAGUUGUAGUCCAUAACACCUGCAGGGCAGCAGGUUGGGGGAAGCCUGAACUAUAGUUUUUCUCUCACCAGUUUGGAACAGCAAUUCCCUUGUCGCUUCUAGACAACCUGUUUUUAUCUAUCUAUCUAUCUAUCUAUCUAUCUAUCUAUCUAUCUAUCUAUCUAUCUAUCUAUCUAUCUAUCUAUCUAUCUAUCUAUCUAUCUAUCUAUCUAUCUAUCUAAUCUGUCUGUCUGACUGUCUGUCUGUCUGUCUGUCUGUCUGUCUGUCUGUCUGUCUGUCUGUCUGUAUCUAUCUAUCUGUCUAUCUGUCUAUCAAUCUGUCUUAUCUAUCAAUCUGUCUAUCUAUCGAGCAUUUGUCUUGAUUUGUUUGCAGGGAAAUUAGGCAAUGUCAGCUGUUUGUUUGCACAUUCAUUCUGAUUUGCUUGCAGGGAGAUUAGAUUAUACGCUGUCACAUCAAGCAAGUGAUGUCUCACAUUUUCCAGUGCAUUUCCCCAUCGCUUUCUUUAUUGUAAAAAGUCUGAUUCUUUUUUUGGGGGGGGGAGUGGGUUAAUUGCACAAGAGCACCAUCCAUUUUAAGGGCACAACCUGAAUUUGCUGGUAUGCGACUGAAUCCCACCUGCAAAAUAGCAACAGUCUGAAAGUGCCCUUAACAUCACACUGCAAGCAAGGGAACUGUUGCAAUUGCACUCGGGAUAUGAUUGAUAACGCCUCUUCUUUGCCCUAAGUGAUUAGUUACCUUCACUAGCCAUCAACCUUGCCCUCAGAGACUCAUCACACACUUUCAGGCAUUUUGGGGCCUCUAUGUUAACCCUUACAUUUCUGGCAGGGUGCCAUAAGCAGAAUUGUUUGGUUAGUUUUCUUUAAAAAACAAAAACAAAACCUACAAGCCUCUAUUGAUUCUUUUCAAUGCACUUUGCAUUUUCUCAUAUCAGGAUGCCCCAUAACUUUUAUCUGCAAUAGAGGGAGUGUCCAGUGUAGAGGUGGCUAAAAUCGAUAGAGUGGAAGGGAUACAGUCGAGAAAGGAAAGGACGCUACGGGUUGGUCCAGAACAGAGGUGGCCCUGGGCCCAAAUCCAGCCCUCGAGUGAGGUUCUCUAGAAGGUCCCCUUGCCAAUUUUUGCAGUGGCGUAAAGAGAGAGAAAAAGAAUGCAGAUCACUCCCUCUGGGGUCAUCAGUACUGUCUAUAGUACAAUGAUUUGAUGAGCAGGGUGGGGGAAAUGACCCCUUGCUCAGAUCAGCAGAGAUGUGGGGGAUGCUGUGCACCUGUGUGUAUGCAUGAAAGAAUAUGGGGUGGCCACACCCACUUUUGGCCAUGCCCACCACUGGCAUGUGGCCCUUGGGGGGUUGUCCAAAGGUGAACGUGGCCCUGCACAGGCAUGUGCAGUUUAGCAAAAGAAAAGCAUAAGCACGCAAGCUUUUGCUGUAAGCCACACACACAUAUAUAUACACAUACAUACGUCAUUGGUUGGUUCCGUGCAGGUUUUUCCCCCCAAUAUUGGUCUUGUUUAUUGUUAUUUUUUCUUUUCAGUAAUUGUGAUUCUAAACUGAUUCAAAGUAAUAUUUUUAAAAAGAUGUUAUAAAGGGAGUGAAUGUGACGAGGCUAUAUAAAUAUAGUGUGUGCGAUAUAAGUAUACCAUAUAUUUACCCCAAAAAAGUGUGGAUGAAUGUGUGCAAACGCGUGUGUAUACUAAUGCACACAUAUAUGCACAGUGCUUUUUUGGUGUUUUUAAAAGAAAGAUAUUCCAGUAUUCCUACCUAGAUAAAAGUGUCAUGGUGAUACUCCAUACCGGCGGAUACUAUCACAGAAAAAAAGAGAGCAGACAGACAGACACACAUGUAAAAGAUGGGUUAAAAGAAUGGCAGGAUUGUGUACCAUUUUGCAGCUUGGUUUUUUAUGGGUAGUUACUUGGGAUUCCAUGGCUUUAACUUUGUCUGAUUUGUUUUGCUCUAAUAUGUCAGUUUCAAAUUAUGGACACAAUCCUGAGAGUUCAGGUCUGCUCUGUGGGCUUCAUGGCAUUUCUCCCUUGACUAGCAGCUUUUCCUCAUUUCAUAAACUAGCUUUGAAAAAGACCUUGAGUUCCAAAAGUAACUUGCUGUGAGACCAGUGGAGGCUGGUCCGUUAGGGGUGAAUGGGGCUCUGCCCCACCAACCACGGUCUGCCCACAGCCAGCUCUCGCCUGCCGGCCUUCUUACGUGCAUCUAGUCCAGGGGGUGACAAUCACUGCCACCUUUCUCCUCCUCCUUAGUCUCAGUUUUGCCCCUUGUAGGACUCAGCAGGGCAAAAGAGGACAAGGACAAAGGUAGAAUCAGUUGGCUCUGCCUGUCAUUGGCUUUGGCACCAGCUACUGUGGGGCUCCCUGCCUCCCGCCCUGCCAGUCGCAAGGGGCACCAGACACCACUGCAUAUGACCAGCAGUGUAGUGGCAAAUUCAGAAGUGCAGGAUCCUUUCAUGAUAGUCACAGCCACACCUCUUUCUAAGACUGUACAACCUUCUAAGAUUACAGAAUAUUUUUUUUGCUGCUGGAUUGAGAAUGAGAUCCUUGUUAACACCUUCUCCCACAACAACAGAUCUUCCUAGGAGCCAACUAGCAUGAAAAGGGAGUGUAUUAACUACUGAGAAAAGUCUCAGUAGCUGACUCACCUCCUUUCACUCUGAUUGGCUCCAAUCAGCAGGUAAGGACAAGGAAGCACAUUAGAAGACUCUUCUCAGCAGCUAAAACACUCCCCUUUCAUGCUGAUUGGCUUGUAGGAUGCUAGAGAUGCAAGGACCCUGCUGAGAUCUGGCUCCCAAAAUAGUAAGGGGUCUAAGACACACACCCCCAAGACCCUGGACAACUACACCCCUGCAUAUGACGGAGAUGGAGUUGUGAGUGGAGGGAAGGCAGCCCUUUGGGGAAUAUGCAUCCAAAACGAUGCUGGCACUGCAGAGCCAGUUUAUUUAUUGUAUUUAUAUAUUUUUUAAAAAUUAUACCCUGCUUUUUGAGUAACUUCCACCACAAAGCAGCUUCCGAUCCCCAAUAAAGACCAACUUCACCUGACCAUAAAAAAAUACAGAGGAGCCAACCAAGAAGCCAGCAUAAAAAGUGAAGGAAUGGAAUAUAAAACACAAUGCAGAUCAUAAAGCAGACCUAAAACAUCAAAAGCAACAAGAAUUGGACACUGCAGAAAUGCAACAGGACUCAUGGAGGAAGGCUUGGGAGGAAAGGAAAACUUUCAACCGGUCUCGAAAACAGUUUUUUGGGCUCACUUCCUUUGUAAGGGAAGAGAAUUCCCAAGAACUGGUGCCACAAUGCUCAAAGCACGUGCUUGAGUCACAGCUGGCUUUCCUGCAGAGGCACCAUCAAGAGAUCUUCUUCCACAGAGCUUGCUGGAAGUAGAGGGAGAGGCGGCUCCAAAACUGGGUAGGGCAAGGCUGGGGAGUCUCAGGCCCAUGGGUCCAAUUGUGGCCCUUCAGGCCUCUCUGCCUGGCCUCUGGGACUUGCCCCAGACUGCACCGCUCACCCUCCUUGAGUGUUUUUGCCUGGCUAAAAUGUAUCCUUGAACUUUCAUAGUGCCUCUCGCUUCCCCGGAUUGAGGACAAAGGAGGGGCGUGUGUAGGCGACAGCCUACUGCACAAUGUUAAAAUGUACAUGUGUUGCUCCACCCACUUUUGCCUCUGGCCCCGCCCAUCAUUGGCAUGUCCCCCCCCCCCAGGUUGCCCAAAAUUCAAAUGUGUAAUUGUGGCCGUUUGGAGGCACCUUAAUAAGUAAGCGCAAAGGGUUCCCCCUGAGCACAUGGAACUGGCUUCCCGGAUCUCGGCUGGUCACUGUUAAGAACAUAAGAACAUAAGAAGAGCCUGCUGGAUCAGGCCAGUGGCCCAUCUAGUCCAGCAUCCUGUUCUCACAGUGGCCAACCAGGUGCCUGGGGGAAGCCCGCAAGCAGGACCCGAGUGCAAGAACACUCUCCCCUCCUGAAGCUUCCGGCAACUGGUUUUCAGAAGCAUGCUGCCUCUGACUAGGAUGGCAGAGCACAGC